GGGCGCACGUCUCUCCAGCCAUGGGGUCUGCAGCGCUGGAGAUUCUGGGUCUGGUGCUGUGCCUGGUGGGCUGGGUGGGCCUGAUCCUGGCGUGCGGGCUACCCAUGUGGCAGGUGACCGCCUUCCUAGACCACAACAUCGUGACGGCGCAGACCACCUGGAAGGGGCUGUGGAUGUCGUGCGUGGUGCAGAGUACGGGGCACAUGCAGUGCAAAGUCUACGACUCCGUUCUGGCGCUCACGGCUGAAGUCCAGGCUGCACGCGCACUCACCGUGGGGGCAGUGCUGCUGGCCCUGGUGGCGCUCUUCGUGACCCUAGCGGGCGCACAGUGCACUACCUGCGUAGCCCCGGGCCCAGCCAAGGCGCGCGUGGCGCUCACCGGCGGCGCCCUCUACGCGCUCUGCGGGUUGCUGGCGCUCAUACCGCUCUGCUGGUUCGCCAACAUCGUGGUGCGUGAGUUCUACGACCCGGCUGUGCCCAUGUCCAAGAAGUACGAGCUGGGCGCCGCUCUGUACAUCGGCUGGGCCUCGGCGGCGCUGCUCAUGUGCGGUGGUGGCCUGAUAUGCUGCGGUGCCUGGGCCUGUGCCGGCCGCCCUGACCUCAGCUUCCCCGUCAAGUACUCGGCGCCCCGGCGCCCUGCGGCAGGGGGCGACUAUGACAAGAAAAACUACGUCUGA